UAUAUCAAAAAUAUUUUCAGUCAAUGUUUAAGGUUAAACUAUGAUGAAAAAACACACAUCAACAAAAACUGAUUUCCUUUCAAAAACCCAAUCGCAAAUCUCAUUAAAUUCUCAGAAAUCAAGCCAGAAAGAAUCAAACAUUAGAGUAUCUCCUGAAAGAGACUCAAAUAUCUCAUCCAAAAAGUCCUGUGUGCUCUCUUCAUGUUCACUAAAGGAGGACGAUGGAAGCUCAGGGUCCAAAGAGUCGCUCAAUUACGUAGAGUCUAGAACAGCAGUCGUUAACUCACAAGGUAAAAAAUGGAUAGACAUUUAUGGAGUGAGAAUUUGUCCUGCUAUAGUAAAAUUCGACAACACUUUCGAGAACCAGAGUUACCAAGAGUCAGUUUCUGUGCAGAACAUUUCAGAAUGUCCUGUUACUGUCCGAAUCCUAACUCCCAGGGCUUUGUCAUUCCGAGUCACUCCGUUAGAAUGGGGCCAUAUGCUGGCUCCCGGACUGAAGAUCCAACGACAUGUCCACUAUAAGUGCACUAAGAGCACCAUUGUACAUUCCUCUCUGCCCAUUUACAUCAAUGACAAUGUCGUACAACUCCCUCUGGAGGCAAGCAAAGGACAAGCCUUUGUAGAUAUAAUACCAACGUCAAUUAAAUUUGGUCGAGUCGACAUCGGCUGUAAACCGAUUGAGAGAAAGAUCCGUAUCAAGAACGUAUCGUUCUGCGCUACCAAGUUUCUCGUGGAUGUGGGAACCAACGAGCUGGAUCUUCACAUAGGACCGAUGAAAGGGUGGAUUCGUCCUCAUAACAGUGUGACUGUCAGAGUGAAACUCCUUGCGCUGAGAGAGGGAAUCCAUUCAUCAGAGUUGUGGAUAUCAACAGACUUGGGUCAGACGAGAAUACCUGUUGAAGUGGAAGCUUGUCGUCGCAGCUUGUUGGUGCAACAUCCAAACACCAUCAGUGAGUUCACACUUGUAGACUUUCCUGCCACAUUUUACGGCUGCCAGAGAUACCAGACACUCGUAGUUCACAAUGUGGCAGCUUCGAGUAGUGCUUUUGUAGUUCUCGCUGAUUACGGGAGCGAAGGUCAGGAGCCGUUUAGAGAAGCUAGGGAAAAAGCACAAUCCAAGGUGAAAAUGUUUGAUAUAGAGCCAGUUGAGGGAAGACUCAAGCCAUUUGAGGGAAGAAUUUUCACUUUUUGGUUCAGCCCAAAAAUGAUUGAGGGAAAUGAGCAGUGUGUAUCAAAAGACAAAGAUACAGAUUUAAAUGAUUAUCUCUGUGCUGUUAGAAUCAAGAGAAUUCAAGUUGAUGAAUCUGGCAUAGACUCAGUUCCUGAUAGUUAUGAACACUUCUCUUUGAAGGACCGCACUACUUUCGGAAACAAACCAUCGAAUUACGACCUCAAAUUAUUGUUGGACAAAGAGACAAACGGAAGGGAACCUCCAUCUCGGGUUUUCAUUGAAGAGAUUUCUGUUUUGUUCUAUGUGUAUGGGGAAGCAGAAAUACCCUCCCUCAGUAUCAUACCUGAUGCUCUUUACUUUCCAGAUACUCUUGUUGGAGCUACUGUUGUCAAAGUAGUCCAACUGACCAACAAAACAAACCAGUUGCUGGCUUUUCAAUAUAGUAAAAUUCCUUUUUUUGAAGUCAUUCCCGAUUUUAAAAAACUUAGCCCUAAGACUUCUUAUGAUGUUACCGUAAAACUAUGUGCUAGAAAUAUUGGCUUUCUACCAAAAAUUCUUUCCUUCAAUAUACUUGCUGAAAAGAACGCUACUGACAAGCAAGACUUUCACGUAGUUAAUCAUAUAAAUGUGAGAAUAUUUGGUAAUGUGAAAUCACAAAAUAUCCUUCCAAAACCGACAUUCAACCUGGGUAUUACUCCAAUGAUAACGAAUGAGGUUGGGUUUCUUACUGAUGGGGUGACUUUUGCAAGCAGAAUUAAAAAGCCUCGAUGUGCCUUGACAAUGAAGGCCAAGUCUGGCCGUCCGUGGCAUCAGACAGAUGCAACAAUAGCAUUCCCUAAUGAUAGGCCACGCUCACUGCGACCAAGGCCAACAGAUACAAAAGCGUUGACCAUAUAUAAAGGGUUGCCUAGGUAUAUACCACCUGUAGACGAAUCUGAGACACUCACUUACGAGAAAAUGGUUGGGAAAAAAGCUCACAAUGCUUGGGUUUUGAACUACAUUAGAGGCACAGCAGCGUCAUUUAUUUCAAAAGAUAACUGUUGCCACAAAAAGUUUUCUAAAGGUCCGUCGGAUCCUCCUAUUGUGUUAUUUCCAAAUAAAGAAGUAAAACAGCCCAGCGAAGUAUUUGUCCCAAUGACGUUUGUGCAGCUUUACCGUAUCAGAGUCUACCCAGAAGUUGUGUCUUUUGGAAGUGUUACAGUGUGUAAAAGCUGUUCUCAGUUGCUGACCAUAGUUAACGAUAAUGAUUUCAAAAUAAGUGCCAGGAUGGUACCAUUGACGUCAGGGAUAAAUGUCCAAACUUUGGAUAAUUUCAUAGUUGCAGGAAAAUCUGAAGGUAAAAUAAUGCUUACAUUUCAAAGAGAAUCGUUGGGCAGAUACAGUGGCACGGUGAGCUGUGUAAUAAACGGUUUUCACUCAUUCGACAUCGCUGUAGUGGCAGAAGUUGUACAUCGUAGUCUGACUGUCACACCCAAGUAUGUUCAAGUCAAGAUUCCAGAUGCUCCUUUUGCAGAUUUGUGUGUCCCUGUAUCUAUUAACAAUCCACUCAAUAUUCCUGUUGCAUUUUCUUGGGCUAUUCCAGAAGAGUCGCCAAUCAAAAUUGAACCUGUUUUUGGUGUAAUACCUAAAUUAGAAGCAGUAUGGUGUGGAGUGUUUUUUGAACCUAGUUGUCCAAAUUACAAACUACAUCCGCUAAACUUAGUGGUCGAUGGCACCGUAUGUCUCCAACUCAAAACUGGCGUCACCUUACCCAAAACAAAUGUUUACUUUUUAGAGCCCAUUUUAAAUCUAGGUAACAUUCCGAUAAACUUGAAAACUGUUCGAGAAUUUAUGAUCUUCAACCCAGAUUUUUCUGAUGCAAUGUUUGUGGUGCUCAGCCAAAAACCUGUAAAUGGUGUUAAGGUUACUGUUAUACCUAGUGUAGGCACAAUAAAAGCUAAAAGUUGUCAUUCUCUAUUUCUACAUAUAACUGUUCAAUUAGAAAUGCCCCUGAAUUUUAUCGUGUUCAUGACCCUGCAAAGCUCAACCACUAUAGAUAUGAAAGUUAACGGUUAUGUUGUAUAUCCAGAAGUUGAAGUGACUCCAAAAUUCAUCAAUUUACACCGUGUGCCAUGCAAUUCUGUUGUCCGCACUGUACUAAUAGCAGAAAAUAAAAGUAAAACCACAGCUCAAGUGGGGUUUAAGAUGGAUGAAUAUGCACAGUUUAAAGUAUCUUUAUCAAAGAGGUAUCAUGAUCCAGGGUUUUCAAGUUAUAGUUUCACCCUAGAUCCUGGGGCACUUCAGAAGUUCUAUUUGCACUUUGUUCCUAAAGAUCUGGCAUCAUAUGAGUUUUACCUCCCUAUUACCAUCAACAAUAUGCCUUUAGCGCACAACAUCAGCAGACAGGAGACAGAAGUUGGGGGGAAAUCUAAUAAAGGUGGAGGAAAGAAGAAUACUUUAGAUCAGGGUAAAAAUUUAACUACAUCUCACCAGGUUUUGGUCAAUGUAGUUGUUCUGAAACCAUCUUUGACCUUUUCUGACUUGGAAUUGGACUUUUCUUCAGUUCCAGAGGUCAAAAGUUUUACAAUUGAAAACACCAGUAAUAAAUCAAUAGGAGUGUUCGCUCGUCCAGAGAACAAUCAAGGCCUUUUUGAUAUAUGUGUUGAUGGAAAAGAUGUAGGCAAGGAUUCAUCCGAGUUGGUUUUGGAUCCUGGAAGUUGUAUAACCUAUGUAGUGACGUUUACUGGGAUAUCACCUGGUUUGUUUGUUAGUGAUGUGGAAAUUUUAACAACUUUUGAGGAAUACUCCUGUGUAUACAACACAGUUAGACUGACAGCUGAAAUUCUUUGGCCUUGUACUAUCACAUCAUCAGUUAAAGAGGUUUAUUUUCAACCAGUGCCAUUAAAUGUUGAAAUCAGAACCACACUGCAACUGAAAAUCACGAAGAACCAAGACACCAAGGAUGUAGCAAUAGGUUUUGAAAUAACAGAUCCAUACAAAGAUUUGUUUAGGGUCGAUUUUCCUAAAGGAAACACAGUGGUUGGUAAUGUCGAUUGUAUCAUGCCGAUUUCAAUAACGUUCAAAAGUAAGUUUCCUGUAGCACUAAGAAAGAAGAUUACAUUUAAAGAUGGCAAACAGUCACAAUGUGUUAUCAACAUGAUCGCAACCUCUGAUAACUGCUUACUCACAACGUAUGGUUAUUUAAAAUCCCACGAUUUGCACCAGCCUAAAGUGAGUAGGCCAGAGAAGGCCUCAUGUACCCACAAGACUGUUGUAGAAAAUGAGAGAGUUAUACUUCCUAAACAGAAACUCAUGCGCCAAACUAUGGUCUCUAAAGUAGACAGCUCUUCAGAGGGUUCAGGACUAUCCACUGUGUCACUUAAAACGCUGUGUUCACUAGUUCAAUCCAAUAUAGUCAAGGAGUCUGUCAUCAAACGUCAAAGUUUAAAAGAUUCUGUGCUUGUGGGAAAAGAACAAAGACUCGUAUCAAACUCUGAUAUAGAACUGUCACUUCAGCUUAGUGAAAAGGAAGAAAGUGAGCCAUCUGUAGAUAAACUGUUGACAGCAAAAAAGAUCACACAACAAAACGAAGAAAUAGUUUUUCCGAUGUUUCCACUACGAAGGGCAGUGAAUGAACAUGUGAUUUUCAUGAACAAAACUUUAAAUGCAGUUCAACAAUGGGCGUAUGAACAAGUUUUUUGUUGCUCAUACAAUCCAAUAUUUGGAAAUAAUUCAUUUUCAUCUUUCUCAGUUGUUGACAAGGGGGACUACAGCCGUUCAUCUCGGAUGGCAUUGAAAAAUGUAUUUGAUGCUCUUGAAAGGAUAUGUGGAAGACGGAUUAGGAAAUAUUUUACACCGAUUGAUAAAAUACCUGAAGAGAAUACAGCAAAAGCAAUAUUCACCCACAACUUGUAUCGACAGCUGGUGCAUUUUAUGACAGUUCAAGGAGCCUUGAUGGCUCAUGUUGAGCCUAAAUAUCUCAUGGUGUACGAUGAAUAUUGUUUCUACCAAAGGUCCAAGGUAACAUCUGUCUCAGACCAUAAACCUUUAAGUAUUGAGAGCAAAUGCGACUAUGAGAUUCAUUCAGAACUGAUGAGUGCUGAUAAUUUCUUGAGCAUCUCGGUGCAAUGUUGGUUGGAUCUGUUCCUCCAAAUGUUCAAGACAUUAAUUCUCGCACCAGCAGUCGGAGUCUCUUAUUCACAUCGUGAUAAUUUAAGACAAACCGCUAGACAACAUAGUAAUGAUGAGGCUGAUAACUUUGGACGAGCAGAAGAGGUACUUCUUAUCUGGCUGACCCAUCAUUACAACUCACAGCGUACACUGGUAUGGCCAAACAAGUCACCGCCACCUCGAACUGUUACUAACUUUGACACAGAUCUUGAGGAUGGAUUGGUUCUCACAACCAUCACAGCAGCCUAUUGUCCCUACCUCACUGAGCUCUAUUUCCACAACAUGUGUAUUCAUCCCUCUACCACUAGUCAGGCUUAUCAUAACACAACAUGUCUGUGCAUGGCCUGGGGUCGUAUUAGGUUGGGGUUCUCAAUAACACCUAGAGAUUUUGUACAUUCAAACUCUAUAAAGAUGUUAUUAUUGGUAACCUAUUUGUACAAAAUUCUGCCUUCAUACAAACCAGAAGCUACGAUUAACUUCAGGGGUAUCCUGAAUGCCGGGGAAUCUCACAUUGUAACCUUAGAAAAUGACGAAGAGGCAAGCGUUACUUAUCAUGUGGAAAUUGUCCAACGGUCUUCCAACUUCAUCCUUGACAAUUGUGAAGACUCUUUUGUCUUGAAGCGGAAGUCCAAGCAAACUAUAACUGUGAAUUAUGUAGCUCGUAAUACAAUCAAAGCUGAGGCUAUCCUUCUGCUGUGUGGGGCUUGUAUGCCACCCAAGUUCGGUAGAAAUUACGUGUUCAAACUGGAAGGUUGCCCUGUUAAGCUCCCAGUGUCAUCAGCAUUUACCAUAGUUUCUCCACUAAACACUCCGAUAGAUACAAAGAUAACUGUAGAGUCUCCUCAUUUGCUCGACUUCAAAGCUGAAUUCUACUCGUACGAUCUAUGGGUCACUUAUUCAGAACCCCAACCAGGAAACAUAAAUGCUUUGAGUUGGGCAAAAGAAAGAAAACAUAAAAUUCCUCGCCGCUUGUACUUUUCUGACAACUCACUGAUCGUUUCAUCAGCCAAGUCAAAGAUUGGAAGCGGUAAACUGGCCUUCAAAGUUUGUUGUUUCUCAAACAUUGUGCGUGAUUACUGGCUGAUAUUUAGAAACGCAGAUAUUGGUGACUUUAUUGUUAAAUUGCAAUCAGUUCCUUGUAAGCCCGAGCCAACGUUGACUCUGCAAGUUGUAAUGAAGCAAGAGACAAAAUGCAAUUGUACUUGUGAGAGAGCUCUCGUAUGCAAUAGAACCACUACAGUCCAUGUUCCUUGUUGCAACUUUGAACAGUGGUCAGCUGUCAAAGUCAUGUUUGACCUGACUAUAUCGCCUGAGGAGAAAGAGUUCUGGGACACUUACAUAGAAUCCAACAUCGGUUUUCGAUUACUUCAAUGGAUCUUGGAAGAAAAAGAAGAAAAAUUCAAUGACGAACUUGAAAAGCUUUUCCAAAAAAGUAAGACCUACAAAAUAGUUUGCCCAUCUCAACAUGUGACUUGUGCACCUUCAGUUUACAUACCUGAUGUGAAGUCUAAGUCAUCCCUGCCUUUAGAGUUACAUCUGGAUGAAAAAACUUCCAGCCAUUCCACCUUGGUAAAUUUGACUUCAAAUGAUGGAUCUGAAAUUAGAUCUUACAAUCUACAAAUUAUCAUCAAUAAAAUGUGACAAAAUGUUGAAA